AUGGAUGAGCGCGGCAUGACAAACACGCCGAUGAGCCUGUCGACUAGGUCUAGCCGCCUCUCCGAGGCGAAUACUGCUACCUCUAGGAGCAGCCUGAAUGUGCCUGAGCACCAUGAGCUGAGAAAGUCCCCCAUAACAGAAAGGACUCAAGAAGCUGCUAUCGAGCCAGCUGCAGAGGGUGGGGGAGGCAAAGCAAACGUGGAAUCUACCACAGGUACAACAACAACAACAAGCCACUCUUCCAAGUUCAAUGGGGUCACAUUCAUGCGACCCCGAUACUCUCGUCGUGUGCAUUCAAAGAGCGAGCCCCAUCCCCCGUCCCCUGCCUCAGCCUCGGGCUCUGUCGCGGGCAACGAGUCUCCUGCAAAGAGAGCUGAUGGCAGCAUCACAUCUGACCAGCGUCGCGUAUCUGCCCCAGUAGCUCACGGCAGCCCGGGUUCCUCUUUGAUCCCCAAACUUGGCAUCAGGGGUUCAAUGAUUGCAAAACAACCACCAAUCCCUCCACGUAACUCUAGCGACGGCAAAUGCGGCAUAUUUCCAACUACAGCCCCAAGAGAGCAUACGGAAGACAGGCUCGAGAGGAUCCCUCCCACUGUCGUAAAAGAUAUACAGGAACCUGCCAAUCUAUCGGCAGUCCCUCCUGGCAACGAAAAUCAGCCGCCGCCAAAGGCGAAUGAAAAUCAGCCAACCAUGAUGGCUUCGCGUCGAAGCAUCAGAGGCCUUCGACGCCUACGGGCCGGGUCUCUUCGUGGCCACCGAGGCCGUGUUUUGCAGGGAUCCUCGCCCCAUCGGAGCACCCAAGAAUGA